AGAGAGAGAGAGCGGCCGCAUCCGCGGAGCCGAUGACGCACGUGCGACUACGCGCGGCGGAUGCGGCUUGAAAGAAAUCGAGCUUGGCGUCCGACAGCCGAAGUUACCGUCGGAUAGAUUGGCAUUCUGCUUAAUGCAACUCGCGUGAUCGAUAAGCACCGAUAAGCAAAGUCGAAGUGCUCGAACUAUGAGAAUGACGAAAAUAGCGCAAAAUCGCUCCACGUGUCCCAUGACUAGUCGCGGAUAUCUCGAGGACUCAGGGUGAUCUACGUGACGUUAUUUCGCGAAGUGGGACACGUUGGCUGGUCAGGAUACAGUGGAUAUUGUUCUUCUUCUUGCGGAAGGAAGCGUGGGAAUACGCUCCGGAAUAGUUGUCGCGUUGACGAUCGUGGGCGUUAGGGUACGAGAUCCGCUCGUCGUUGUCACGAUGGUUGAUGUUUCUUUAAUAAAACAUCGACCAAGCGCGACGUCCCAGCGCGAGCGCAUUUCCGACGGAUGAAAUUCCAAUUUCCUCGCUGGAAAUGAACGUGUACGACGGCUCGCGCGAAAGUAGCAACCGCCAAGAGACAAACGCCGGGCUAUUAUAUGCGACGGCGAUUGAGAUCGAGAUGGAAACAUGCGGAAAAUACGGAAUGCAAUCAAGGAAACGCGAUGAAGUUACACGAGAAGAAAGAGUCCGGCAUCCACAGGGUGCAGGAGGUGCCGCUCGAGGAGCUGGAGCUCCCGAAAGAGUACAACGUGGAGAAGACCUUAGGCGAGGGUAGCUUCGCGAAGGUCUUGUUAGCGACGCACAGGGCCACUCAGACCAGGGUGGUGCUGAAGGCGGUUCACCAGGAGCUCACGUCGGAGAAGGACUUCUACCGGGAAUUCCACUACUCCUACCACUUGAGCCCGCAUCCUAAUAUCCUCUGCUCAUACGCGGUCGCUUUCAAGGCGGAGAAGUGUUUCGUCUUCGCGCAAGAAUACGCGCCCUACGGCGACCUCGCGGGCAACGUGAAAGCCGGCGGGCUGAGCGAGGAUGCGUGCAAGAGGAUCGCCGGUCAGCUCGCCUCCGCCCUCGAUUUCAUCCACUCGAAGCAACUGACUCAUCGCGACAUCAAACUGGAGAACGUGCUGGUGUUCGCGCAGGACAUGACGAAGGUGAAGCUCUGCGACUUCGGCUGCACGAGGCGCGAGGGCACCCUCGUGAACAAGAUUCGCUGCACCUGGGUGCCGUUCCAGCCACCCGAGAUCCACGAGGUCAUCAAGAACGAGCGGUACGCCUGCAAAAGGAGCUCGGACUGCUGGCAGUUCGGCAUCGUGCUCUUUGUCUGCCUGACCGGCAAUCCGCCGUGGCAGAGCGCCGAUCCGAUCCAAGACCCGGAUUACUCGGCCUUCCAGCGAUGGCUGAAGAGACGCACUACCAAGAUCCCGCCGACGUUCAGGCGAUUCACGCCGCGACUGCUGCGCUACUUCCGUCGCGCGUUCGAGCACAAGCCGGAGAAGAGGCCACAUGUGACCGAGAUCAACAAGUACCUCAAGGACUCAUGGUGCAUCAGCAAGAUCAGCCACAGUGCGACCUCCACGUCGGUCGACGUGAGCGAGAGUCUGGCGAGGCGCGGCGACAGCCUGCUCUACCUUGACACGAUCUUGGAUGACCGGCAUCACUUCGACGAGAACAAGAACAAGCUGAGGAAGCUACUCAACAGCUACGGCCUGGAGACCACGGUGGACCAGAAGGUCGUCACUAAGAGGAUAUGGGAGUGGGUGAUGCAAUGCGACUCUAACGUGGACGAGCCCGGCCUGAUCAGCGGUUACAGCACGGAGGACAUGUGAGAGAUAACGAGGACCUGCAGCGAGCCAUGCCUUCGGCGCGCUCAGGAGGAACUCGGCAAGUUCCGAAUGGGCAGCCUUCACGUGCGGACCUCGCACAGAUGUGCCAAGUAAUGCCAGCCCGGGAGUAAUGCUGCUCACUACUCGGGAAAUAGAACACGGCUCCACCGAUGUCCCAGAGUGUCGGAAAUUCUAUGCAUAGGCGGACCAAUUAGAACGAAAGCAACUUCCUCGAUUAGCGAGAGAACGAGGACUCACACGGCAGAGCUCGAGAGGGACAAGAAUGUCCGUAGCGAUCGGCAAGUUAGAUAAUGACGAACUCCCGUAACGAACAGUCCCAGAAGAAGGUGUUGUAUGUCCAAGGAAAGCGCGUUAUACAAAUGUGUCUGGAAGACGUUCCGACUUUUAGGUGCGUCUGAGUUUAUAGUCUUUCGAGGUGUAAGACGCUCUAGCAAUUAAUUGUAAAUGUGAUAUACACGUAUCUAGGUAGACGAAGAGAAAAUUCACUCUUUAGCCGAGGAAAGAUUCGGUGUCGGAGGGUGUCAAGCUGGUAAUUAGCUCGGUGUACUAACUGUAGAGACAAUAAUGCUGAUGACUUGCGUACGACUUGCGUUACGUUAGUCAGUUAGUUACGUUAGUCCCGAUGGUAAACCGAUGGUCUUAGCGAUGCCUUAUGCGCGACUAAACGCGAGAUUAGAGACAACCACGUAGAGAUAUUUUCUGUAUCGCCAGAGUCUGUGAGGAAAGAGAAAAGAAAGGUACCCGUUCUCGUUUAUAUGACAGCGACGUAACUAUCGACAACUAGGCAAGAAGCGAAAGAGCGAAAAGACUGUAUAACCCAAAACUGUAAAUUCGGAAAAGAUCUGUCCUGUCUAGUGGAAUACUACGUAGGACGAUCGUGAGCUCGAAUUUUGCGCUCUGCGUAACUUACUGCACGCACGCGUUCCUCCGAGAUGAUAGAUCGUUCGUUAAACGCGAACUUUUCAGAAGAAAGUGCCGUAAUAUAUUCAAAGAGCCGACAUAGCCGUGGCAAAGACACAAGUGAAGGGAUCAUAAGGCGAGGAUGAACGAUCUCACGAUGAACACUACUACCGGAUUCGUUAAUUACGGCAAAAUGCGUAAUAAUCAUACAGAUGUAAAUACAUUUCUACACGUAGAGACAGAUAUAUACAUUUGCGUUCGCUAUAUACGUGUACAUAUAUAUAUAUAUAUAUAUAUACGUGUAUACGUAUGUAUGUGUAGCCCUAUAUAUAUAUAUAUAGUACACAUAUAUUCUUGUAGCGGUUUAUGGUGUAACAUGUAGAGAUUCCGUUUGUACGAGUUAGUCACGCCACUUGGUAACGGUGAUAUAGACAUAGCGCGUAAUUCGUAAUUUCGCACGCGUUGCGACAUCGACGUUGUCGUAACGGUCUCUCGCAAACGAUCCCGUCACAGUUCGAAAACACCUACGGAUAAUAACACGUCCGAGGAAACGAGCUCGUUUUCUCGCGAGCAAAAGUCGCGAGUCAGUUGCGAAACUCGUCGUCGUAGUUUGCAUCCCCGCGAGCGAGCGCGAGCUAGUCGUAAAAUCAAAUCGCACUCGAACGAUCAUACCGAUUAUAAUGUUCGCGACAACAAUUGCAGUCGAUGAUAAAUUUCAACUUCUGCCGAGUCUUCUGACGAGUCUCAUCUUCUCGAUGCUACGAAAGAUAAAGAACCCUCGCUCGUUAACGUGAAGGAUGCAAUCCCCUGUCUUUCUUUCCCGAAACUUCGCAACCGAAUCGUUAUCCGGACGAACUGUAAGCUGAUGGGUCAGCUUUAAAAAAACGCGUCGAUAGCUGAGGAUCUUGCAAACGUGUGUUUCGAUACAUUUGUACGCUGAAUGUCGAGGAGAGGCGUGGCGAGGACAAUACCUCGAUCAUCUCAUCGAUGUAUCUCGAUAUUAUCCGACGCGUGAGUGACUGUCAGCAACUGUCAGCGAUAGACAAGUAGCAAGUCGUUCGCGAGGAAGCCGACGUAAGUGGCCUCCGUUGAGAAGCGCGAGAAGCGAUGUUUUGUAUAUAUUGGAAUAAAUCUUGAAAUUGUA